GACUUUGUAAAUAUAGUGUUGUAAAUACUGUAUAUGAUGAGUGGAGCUUCGGGCACCUCGCGUGCUAACAGUAGGAGUAGUAAAGACAAAACAGCAAAGACAAAUGCAACUCAAAUUCAAAAAACAGAUGGAUUGCCUUCAAAAUUGCAGGCCACACCUGAGCAGAUGCGAUUAGCACAGAUGAUCCCUGAUAAGUCAGGAGCAGAUGAAGAGCUGGAAAAGAAACUACGAGAGUUAGCAGAGCUGACUGGGAAGAAUUUUGACGAUAUAGCCAUUGCGCUACAUGACUGUGAGAAUGAUCUGAAUAGAACCUACCUUUUGUUAAUGGAAGGAGACAGCGACCAAGGAGAAUGGAAGGAACCUGGAAAGAAGAAAAAACGGCAGCCAGCUAAUGCCCAAAAAGGUGGAGACUCUUCACACUACAACCACGCAGGAGACAGCAAGCCUGACAGAUCAGAGAACCAUCCACGGGGCCGAGGAGAGCGAGAUGCGGACAGGGACCGCGACAAGGAUGGGUCUGACUACACGCGCAAUGAAAGCAGUUCACGACGCGGCCGCCGAGACACGCGCCCACCACGCCUCUCCCGGGGCAGGGGCAGAGAGCGGGGUGGAGAUCUCAUGUGGCGAGACAACGACCAAGAGAACGACAGGAAGCCCGAAGAAGGCGGUAGAGAAAGGGGGCGUGGCCGAGGACGAGGUGUGAAUGGACCAGGGAGAAGGGGUGGACGAGGAGGUGGAGGUGGGAGGGGCGGCGACACUGCCAGAAACUUUCGAAGUCCUCGCUAUGAGAAGGGCCCACAAAUUGACACAUGGACAAAUGAAACUGCUGAAAAUGCAGAGAAAGAAAAUCAAGUCAUGUGGGGAGAUUCUAUGGGACCAGAAGAUUGGAACGAUGACUCUUGGACAGGAAGUCUGACAGAGACAAAGGUGUUCACAUCAACCUCGAUACAGGGUGGGCCAGGAGGCUCUGAACCUGCUGACCAGCCGACCCUCAAGUGCUCCCAGACACAACCAAUGCCCUCCCUCACAGCAACUCCUUACCUCAGAGAGAUGUUAGACAUAGGAGCAUUGUUACAGAAACCAGCCAAUGAUGUGGGUGUUGUCAAUAGAGUGACAGAGUCUCAGUUUAUCACGCAGUAUAACAAAGAAGCCACGGAGUCUAUUAAGAAUUCCAUUGGGAUUGGCUCCUCGAGUCGACCAAACCUUGAGUCCUCCCAGAACUCUACUGUUAAUCAGUUAGCCUCUCUGGGCAGUUCCCUGUCAGCACUCCAGCAGACAGUGCGACUCCCUGCCGCCCAGCCUGGUAACCCCACAGUUUCCCUACAACAGAGACCCAAGCCACAGAAGAGCAAAUUACCUCCACCUUCUAAGAUUCCUGCUUCAGCAGUGGAGAUGCCUGGCCAUAUGGUUACCUCCCUUGAUGUGCAGUUUGGUAACUUAGAAUUUGGUGCUGAUUCCUUUAGUUUCGGCGGCUCAGAUAGCGUUGGAACAAACAGUUACACCGUGUCCACCACCUCUACUGCCAGGUAUCAAAUUGGCGCUCCAGGCUUGACCAAUCACAUGGAUCAGGUGACAAAUUCUGAGGCCAGUCUGUCGGCCAUGAGGGCAGCCACAACCCCAAACAAGUCCUCAGGUAUUCCAGGACUCGACCAGACUUCACCCAGGGGUGGCAUGUUCCCUGCUGCUUCCUACUCCACCACGCCCACAAAAAAAGAGAUCAACUCGCCGGAGCCAAUUCCAUUUCCCUCCUCUCAGUCAGAUCUGAAGACCAGUCCACUGGUCAGCUCACAGCGCUCCGGUCAGACAGCCAAUGCCCUACAAGGAUCGCUGGCAUCAAACAGUGCAGACAGCAGUGGGUUGUAUGGACAGUCAGCGAGUUACCAGUCCUCCAGCUACAAGUCAGGGGGCAUCAAUGCCUCCCAGAACUAUACUCAUUCCUCAGGCACUCAGUAUCCAAACUCACAAACCCAGUAUCAGACUACUCCAAACCAGUACCAGUCAACCCAGAACCAAUACCCAAACUACCAGUCUGGUGCUGCAUUCCAGAGUCAAACUGGCUUCUCCAGUCAGUCCAACCAAAACUCAUUGUAUCAAAGCGUCACCUCGACGGGCUCCUUCCAGAAUACAAGCUACCCUUCAAGGGACAGCCAAUCCGGUGCAUCUUUUCAAACGAGUGUUUCACAGUCAUCAAACUCGUCGUAUGCUCUUGAUUCUCAGACGAGUGGCUCGUUUCCGCGGGAGAGUCAGACAGGUCCGUCGUACCAGAGAGACAGUCAGCCAAAUGUGUCAUCAUACCAAAGAGACGGACAGACCAGUGGGUCAGCCUACCAGAGCCCACAGACUGGGCCCUUUCAGAGGGACAGUCAGUCUGGCAGCCCAUACGCGCGUGAUAACCAAUCCAGUAGUACGUAUGCCAGAGACUCCCAGCCUGGUAAUUACCAGCGUGACGGACAAUCAUCAAGUGUUGCCUAUUCACGAGAUGGCCAGUCUGGGUCAUACCAAAGAGAGGCUCAAAGUGCUAGUUCCUCUUACCAGAGAGACUCUCAGUCAGCAGGCUACCCCAGAGAUGGGGGCAGUAGCUCAGGGUACUCCCGGGACAGUCAGUCAGCUAACACAUACCACAGAGACUCCCAGUCUGCAGGGUCGGCGUACGGACGUGAUAGCCAGACAUCAGGCUCAUCAAACUAUCCCCGAGAUAGCUCACAUGGCGGGUCAGCGUACGCUCAGCAAGCUUAUAGCUCAACUAAUCACCAGUCCUUGCAGACUUCUCCUCUGACUGCAGGCAAACUCAGUGAUAGCCUUUCAAAGAUGACUGUCAAAGACUCCACAGUGGACAACCACCAAGUUAGCCAGCAUUCGUAUGAGCAUACAUCCUCGAGUACAACCACUGGAUUGACAACAACAACAACAAGCACAUCCAGUUCUCUUGCCAGCGUCUCUACAGGAGGCAGCUCUUCAAUCACCGUGACAACGUCUGCAAAUAUUAACUCCUCAAAGACAAAUCUAUCUUCAAGCAGCACAUCCAAAGGCCCACCUAACUUGCCUCCCGGAGUGCCUGUGUUGAAUGCUCAGUACAUCAUGAACAUGACUCAAGGAGGAAUUCCACCCUACUUUAGUUUGCAACAACAACCUUUAUACCCUGGUUAUGAUGAAUUACAGUUACUGCAGCAAAGGGGAGUGGCUCUGGGAAGUUACUAUGACAUGAGUAGUUUUGGUGCUCCAACCACGAUGGCAGGCCGUGACCAAACCACAUUAGGAAAUGUACCCUAUACAGGUGCUGAUGGGAAGUUGAACCGAGUGGAGGCCCAGUCUCCUGUACCCACAACACAGCCACAGCAGUCCCAGAACGCCCAUCAGCAGCCCUACCUGAACCCCACACUUCACCCAGGCUACGGAUACUACCCUUAUCCCUCCAUGUUACCUGCUGGGGGCUUCCAGUACCCUCAUACCAUGUUUAUGCCUCCAGUUACAAAUACGGCAGCUCAUGGGGGAUCAACGGGAACAAAUCAGUAUCAGAAAGCUUACGGCUCUCACUCGUAUGGAGGGGGGAAAGGUAGGGGAGGUUAUGAUGAUUUGAGUCAGCCUCAGGACUUCAGUAAAGGUUAUGGAGGGGUGGGGCCAUCGCAGGCUAAAGUCUCUGGAUCUGUGUCCUCAGUGACAUCUGGAUCGGGGUCUGCUACAGAUCUGGCAGGUUACAGCAAAUCUCAUGGACAAGUCAACGCAUUUGACAAGCAAGCGUUUCAUGCUGGCACGCCCAACUCGUUCAACCUACCUAUGACGUCUGGCACCCAGGGGGGUCCCAUGGCCCCGACCAACCCUUACCACCAGUACCUGCCCAUGAUGCCUCCCCAUCAGGCUCACUCCAUGCUCCACCACCCACUGCAACAGGAUUCCAGCUCGUCUGGCCGUGCCUCCCAGCCUUCAAGCACCCAGCCCAAGAGUGGAGGAAGCAAGCCUUAUGCCAACUAUUGGGGAGCUAACUAGAGUCUGCUGAGCUCUCUCUGUGAUGGCACCUAUCCCUGCCUUACAAAGGCUGCGUUAAGUUACCCCAGGGGAAGGGGCACAUGUUGCUGAUCACCAGAAAGGAGUUUUUCACUCUCAACUUUUUCUCGCCUCGUCCUAGAGGUGACAGUCUGUCUGUAUUGUACCUAUCUGUACCUUUCAUGUAAAAAGACAACUCUAAAAUAACUAUUCUAUCAUUUGUGCUUGAAACACUGACUUGUUGUGAUUGUUAUUAUAAACAUAGGGGAGUUGACCUUUAGAUCUUUAUCGUCUUUUUCCACUGUACAGUUUUUUCUUCUACGUUUGUACAUUGUUCUUUGUGAUGAGGCUGAAGCUGAGUGUACUGCUGUCCUCUCACCAGCAGGCAGACCAGAGCACUGCUCGUUCUGGAUAGCAUUAUACUCAGUCCAUAUACUUUGUAGUGCCAUGUUUUAGAGUUUGUGGUAUAUUUUCCUUACAUUGUGUUUUGCCACAAUGGUACCAGAUACACAGUAUGCUCAGGCAAAGAGAAGUGAAGUUUAAUUAUCUAUUUUUUUUUCCUGCUUUUAGGAUCUGACGUGGGUUUGUUAUAAAAAAUCACCUUGGACAAAUUAUGAAUUUGACAGUAAUCUGUCGAGUGGAAUUGCCCAGCUAUACAGACCACAUUUUUCGUGGUCAGAUUGAAGAUAGUUAAUCCAAGUCAGAGUUUAUGCCCCUUUUUUAUCCAGCAAAAAACAGUGACUUCUCGUUUUCCCAUUUGUAGGUGAUUUAUGUAUAUGGAAAUGACUCCAAUGAGCUGCUGCCUUUCACCCUGAGCUGUUUCAUUAAGGACCUAUAUUGUAUAGUGAUAGUGAUUGUAUAGUAAGGCUGAUGUGUUGUGGGGAUGGGCAGCUACCUCCCAUCCCAUAUAGUAUUCAUUUUAGAGAACUACAUAAGGAAAUAAUACAUUGAUAAAUAUUUUGUAUGAAGUUUGUGCUGUGACAUUGUAUGUUAUUGACCUAUGAUACAGCUUUGUCCUUUUAGCAUUUAAGAAUAAAAGCUUUGUCUUGGUGCAUUUUUUGUGAAACAUCUCUACCUGUGUUGGU